AUGGCCGCCUUUGUGCGCGUAUCCGGCCCUGCAAAUGGCAACUUUCUCAUCGGAUACCCCGGCAUUUCUGCAACCAUGGUGAGCUCCGAUCCCUCAUCGUCAUCAUCCCAAUCCUCCUUCUCCUCCUCGUCUGCCUCCACCCUUGAAGGGACACCCGGCCGAGCUUCAAUGCGGUCGCCACGAGACACCCGGUGCAGAAUGCCUCGAAUUGAAGGUAAAGUUGAGAUCCGGCCCAGUGUCGGUAUCUCCGCCCCGGUCAAUGUCUCCCUCGUGACGAUAUCACUCCUCCGUCGCGAAACCAUCCAUCCGUCAGCCGACUCGGUCACGAAGAAACGAUUGGCACCCCCGCGCAAGGAGAUCACGGAUAUUGUGGGCAAGGAGAUGCUUCUGUUUCGAUGCCCCGCCGGCAAGGAAUACGAGGAGGUCAUAGCCAUGGAUCUUCCGUUUGUGUUGUUCAUCCCGUUUGGUCGCGGCGGUCGUGAUGCUUCGCGACGGGUGCCUCCAGCGAGCCUGCAACUGCCCAGUCGCACAGCCGAGACCUACUACGAGAUGGUGGUCAUGGUGCAGCAGGGACACUCGGAACAGCGCAAAUACACCUUUCCCGUGCCCAUUGCCCGCUACGACACCCUGUCCACCUUUGGCAUGUACAACCGGCCAGAAUCCGCAGAGCGGGUGUCGGAUCACUUGGUCACCCUCGCCAUUUCCUUACCCCGCUGGUCGUAUGGACCCCUCGAUCCAGUCAGUGUGUAUGUCAAAUUAUCGCCCAACCAAGAAUGGAUCAGCAAGGCUCGCAAGGUUACAAUCAAUAAGAUCACCAUCGGCAUCGACGAGGAGAUCGUCUAUAAUCACGAAGGCGACGAACCACAACGGAAAGUGAAGACCCUGGUGAAGAAGACGGAGACCGUGGGCAUCAAGCUGCCCCAAUCGGGCUACCUGACCAAUCUCGGCCUGGUUUUCCCCGCCAAGGAUGUGCGCGAUUCCGACGGCAUUUUACCUCGGAAUCGAGCCGCCUUCCCGAUGUACGGAGUGAGCGGCUUCACAACGACAGCCAGUCUGUACAAGAUUGAAUUCUAUCUGACAGUGCGGGCGCAUCUCACUUCAGCUAGAGAUAUUACCAUCCGCCAGCCCAUUGUUGUAUGUCCAUUGGAUCAUGCAGGCUGCAAGGAAGAGAUGGAAGCCAUUGAAUUAGCGGCACGAGAUGCCGCCUACGUGAAUCCUGACAAUCCAACGUUACCACUGCCAUCUAUUGUUCGACCUAAUGACCCUCGUGCCCUCGACCAUCUUGGAGUGGCCAUUGUCGGAAAUCAAAAGAAGCCACUCAUCGAUUGA